AGAAAAUUCGUCUCUGUUUCACUGUUGUGGAGUCUGAGCUCAAAGACACUCUGAGCUGACGGGCAGAGAGGAUUUAAACUCCUCUCAAGUCUGACUGGGAAGAAAGAAAAGCUGGCCGUAAAGCAGCCGGAGAGCCUGAAAUUCAUCCUCGCCAAAGGCCACAGAGGCCGUGCUCGGUCUGUGAGCAUGACAAUGGUUUGGAUUGUAACGCUGACAGUAUUGAUGAAAAUUUUCCUAAUCUCAAAUGGUGCUCUAUGUUUGGAGCCCGAGGAAGGAUUGUCUCUCCACGUCCGCAGUGUGGACCUCCCCUGGCAGGAUGAGCUAUGCUGUGACUCACCUUCAGCCCAUGCCAGUGUGCAGGGAGGUGACACACAUGGACCCAUAAUGAACCGCACGCAAUCAGACCUUCCACACUGUAUGUUCAGGGGUUCAAAAAAUGAAUCACAUCAGCAUGACCUUUCUGCAGGGACUUGUUUGGACGUACUGUGCAGAAUUGAUGGAAACUGGGAACAUUUAACAUGUGAUCUUCAGUCUCGCCAUCAACCAUCAGGACUAUCAAAGUCGGGUCUUCUGGCUGUGAGUCUGCAGCACCUGUCGUCACAGAAAGGGGACUCCAAGGUGAACCAUGACGACAGUACACCUGAUAAUCCUGUCAUGUGUGAAGCAAACAAUUCCUUUGUGUGUUCCAUUGCACUAAACAGCAACACAAGCUUUGUCACCAUGGUAACCAUCCGCAUUUUUGAUGCAAUCGCUCCAUCGGUUAGGCUCAACGUUCCCACCCGACCAGUGAAACUAAAUCCUCCGACAAACAUUUCUCACAUCCAAACCAUUGAGCCAAAAAUGAUUCUACUCUGGAAUGAACCGUCUGAUAUCGGUACAGGGAAUUUGACAUAUGAAGUCCGAUACGCUUCCAAAAGCACUCGUCCAAACUGGAAGGUUGUCCCUGUUACUGGAAUACCCAGGGUGCCCAUGGAACUGAAACCCAGAGUGAACUACACUGUCCAGGUUCGCUGUUCCAGUCUCGGAAAGUCUUUGCUUUGGAGCGACUGGAGUAAACCCCACCACAUCUUCCUGCAAAACGUGAGCUAUAUCCCUGACAUCAUUGUGGCACGACCGGGGCAGAACGUAACCUUGUAUUGCGUGUUCAACGACCGCAGCGUCAACGCCGACAUUGCCACCUGGAGGCUGAACUUUAAUCAUAAGCUUGAUCACAGCCUGUACCGCCCAGUCAACCAAUGGGUCAGUCAGGUCACGCUGCGUCCACCAGGGAACCACAUGUUCCACAUGCUCCGGUGUCCGCGGGGAUGGUCUGCCCCUUACAGCCAAAUCUUUAUCGAAGGAGCUUUGAUGGAUAUAUGGUGUGAAACCAACGGUGAUAUGGACGCCAUGGACUGCAGCUGGAAUAGCACAGACACGUACUCGCCCACUUUCAAAUACAAGUGGGCUGAUGUGCCAUGUGAGGUGAUGGAGGCGAGAGAAGGUACGGGUAAGGAAAUUGGGGAAGCGUGUCCGUCGCUGGUCAAAGCUACGACUUGUAUCAUCCGGCCUCUGAGGAUGAACUGCUACAAACUGUGGCUGGAGUUAUCGUCGCCACGCGGCCUGAUCAGGUCCAAACCUGUGCUCUUGUCACCUACUGACCGCGUGAAGCCUCAUGCACCCAGUGCUGUAAUGGCAGUGAGCCAAAGGAACAGCAUUCUUAGGGUAACAUGGAAGCCGCCAUCUCUGCCCGUUGAUGGUCUUCAGUGUCAGUUUCGGUACCGAUCCGCUGUGAGAACCCACGCAGAGUGGAAGGUUCAUAAUCCAGUGCGGGUUCCAUAUGCAGAGGUUGUGGUCCCGCACGUGUGCAGUGUGUAUGUGGUGCAGGUGCGCUGCAUGCACACUGAUGGCACUGGCUACUGGAGUGACUGGAGUGAGGAGGUCCGCUCCAAAGCCCAAAACAGCAGAGCUCCUGAGCGGGGUCCUGAUUUCUGGAGAAUUCUUCAGGAUGAUCCACACAGAAAACAGACUAAUGUCACACUGCUGUUUGAGCCGGUCCAAGUAGCAGGACUUCCCUACUGUGUGGACGGAUUUAUCGUUCAGCAUCAAGAUGUGAAUGGCAUCGUGUCAAGGCAGCAGCUGGACCUCAUGUCCUCCUACAAAUUUGAGUGGAGCCAGGAGGUCCACACCGUGACUGUGGAGGCCUACAAUAGUCUGGGGAGCUCCACGAACAACAUCAACAUGACACUGGAGAGAGAGCCCAAACGACGCUGUGUACGGUCAUUCCACGUUGUGUUCAUCAACAGUACCUGUGUGUCUCUUUCAUGGAGCCUGCUGGACUGCCCAUCUGCACCUCUGUUCAUGGUGGUACAGUGGUUUACACAGAGGCACCAGGGUGCUGACCAUCUCAAAGGUCAAAGAGGGCAGACAUGGGCCAGGUUUCCCUACACGGAACACACUGUGUAUCUAAGAGAGGAUUUCUUUGUCUCUGAGGAGUACAACUUCAUCUUGUAUCCUGUGUUUGCUGAUGGAGAAGGGGAACCAAUGUACACCACUGCCCUUAGACGAGAUCCUGCAACCUACAUGAUGCUGAUGAUGAUCAUCUCCUUCCUCACCAUUGUACUGUUUAUCACUCUGGUCGUCUUUCAAUCCCAGAUGAAAAGGUUAGUGUGGAAGGAUGUGCCCAACCCCAACAAAUGCUCCUGGGCAAAAGGAUUAGACCUGAAAAAGGUUGACACCUUUGAGCUCCUGCUUCGACGUGAGGAGGUUCUACCAGCUUGGCCACUGCUGUUGCCCACUGAGAACAUCUCUAAAGCCAUCAUAGUGGAGAAGCCGGACCUCUCGGAUCUGACCACACCCGUGGUCCAAACAUUUCAACCUUCACCAUCACCUGAGCCAAACUCAGGCAUCAUCCAGAUUGACAACACAGACAGCGGAGCACUCCUGGGUGGAGCUACCUUCGUGGAGAUCGGUGUGGAUGAUUUACGUACUCCAAGCCCAAGAAUCGACGAGUUACAACCAAUCGAUCCGCCGCUAGACCACAUCCAAGACGGCUCUGAUCAGUCUUCAGUCACGUAUGCCACUGUGCUAUGUAACCUGAAGCAGGAUCAGCAGCUCCUUCAUCUCCGCGACAAGGACAGCAGCUCCAGUGAUGAGGGGAAUUUCUCCUCCAACAACUCAGAUUUUUCUGGAUCUUUUCCCGGUGGCCUGGACAGCUGCCAAGGCGAGGACACCAACAACCCACCACACUCCUGCUCCUCCAAUUCAGCGGAGGAAUCGUCCAAAACAUUGGAACAUGGAGAUGAAGAGGUGAAGGAAGAGAGGGACUUGUAUUAUGUUGGAAUCUGUGAUCCAGAGGAGGAUCAGCAGAAGCAAAGGCAGAGAAAUGGGAAGGAGAGACAGGAUAUCAAAAGCGAGCCACGUGAAAAUGUGGGUUUGAACAAAGAGCACUUUCCUGCAGAAUCAAGUCCGAUGGGGCCUGAGGGCUCCAUCAAUUCUGGCGAGCUGCUGUCGGGCUCAACAUGUGGUUUUUCUCCGGUGUACCUUUCUCAGUUCAGGACUGCUCCUACAACUCGCAACUAAACCAGAAGGUGGCGCACACCAACUGUGAAGCCUGCACUGGAAUUAAAACACAGCAUAAAGAUUGUUGUAGGUGAUCAUGAUUCAACAGAGCGGGUUUGGAUUUCUGCACAGAAACGGAACUUAAAAAAAAAA